AUGUGGCCUAGAUUGGUAGUCAAUAAGAUCCUUAGAAAGCGAUUGGGAAGCAAUAAUUUUGUUGCUGAUAUUCCCAGCAUCGACAGCAAUGAAACAGUGCUACAAGUUCCUAGCUCUUUCAGCCGUACCUCCUUCUGCAUUAAUCGCCACGACACAUACAACUACAAGGUUUUUGUUAGUACGUGGAACGUCGGUGGGGUUGCACCAGAUCACGACGUGGAUUUAGAGGAUUUGUUGGAUACAUGCAACGACUCCUCCUGUGACAUCUACGUCUUUGGAUUUCAAGAAAUUGUGCCUCUUAAAGCCUCCAACGUGUUAGGAUCAGAGAACUGCAAAAUUUCCUCAGAGUGGAAUUCUUUGAUUAGGGACGCCUUGAACAAGAGACAAACAAGUCAUACAGUGGGAAAGAAUCUGAAAGAUUUGUUUGCAACUGAAGAAAAUUUGAAAGAAAGCAGCAAUUUUCCCCAAGAAUUUCAGUGUAUAAUAAGCAAGCAGAUGGUUGGAAUUCUAAUAUCUGUUUGGGUUCGAAGCGAUCUUCGUCCUUAUAUCCAUCAUCCUAGUGUUUCAUGCGUUGGCUGUGGCAUCAUGGGCUGUCUUGGAAAUAAGGGUUCCGUGUCAGUUAGAUUUCAAUUACAUGAAACCAGCUUCUGCUUUGUUUGCUGCCAUCUAGCUUCUGGGGGUAGAGAAGGUGACGAAAAGCACAGAAACUCAAACAUGUCUGAAAUUUUGUCAAGAUCAAGCUUUCCUAGAGGCUCCUCCUAUAAUUUGCCGAGGAAGAUUCUCGAUCAUGAUCGAGUUAUUCUCCUUGGAGAUUUGAAUUAUAGAAUUUCUCUAGCAGAAGAGACAACUAGAUCAUUGGUGGAUGUAGGAGAAUGGAAUGCCUUAUUAGCAAAUGAUCAGCUAAGGAUGGAGCUGGCGGAUGGUCAAGUAUUCCAAGAUUGGCAAGAAGGAGAAAUUAAAUUCGCUCCUACAUAUAAAUAUUUUCUCAAUUCAGAUGAGUAUUACGGAUGUGUUCAACGAAGAAAAGGCGAAAAGAAGCGUGCUCCUGCGUGGUGCGAUCGAAUAGUCUGGUAUGGGAAGGGAUUAAAGCAACAUUUAUACAGUAGAAGUGAAUCAAAGUUGUCUGAUCAUAGACCAGUCAAAGCAAUAUUUAGCGCUCAAGUUACAAAAUCACAUGCAUGCGAAAAUUUCUCAAAUUUCUUCUUAUCAGACAGGUUGGAUCGAGUAACCCAGUUCGCUUCAACGGAUGACUUUAUGUGUAAACACAGAUCUAGUUUUCAUAUUUAA